UUCCCGAAUUGCUGAUCUGCUGAAAGCCUCGAGCGUACUGGCAGGCGACACCAGAAGCUCUUGCACAUCGCCACAGAGAGAAAGACAUCUGGAAGCAGAGGCUGCUUUCAUCUCCCGCGUCAGUCAGUCAGUCAGUAGGAUCAGGUACACUGCGCAGCGCCGCGUGGGACUCGAGCUGUACUUCACCAACAACCAGACAGCAGUUCCAGUCCAGAGUCUGGAGGCAGCAGACAUUAACACUGUGGAGCAGAGCGGAACGAGCUGAUCCUUCUCUCCCGGUCCCGACCUGGUCCUUACGGAACUGACCAGAGAGAGAGAGAUGAGAGAUGAUUAAAUAAUGUGGAUUAUAUAGUCACUCACUGGAUACAACAGCUGAACACGACGCGGUUACAAAAGGAUUUAGACUUGAAGACUGAAGAGAUCGUUUCGGGGGGAUAUCUCUCUGCCCGGGUGGAAUAGGCGCUCAGGCAGGCUGCUUGUUGGGAUUUGAUUUUAGAACUGCAUAAUAUUACAACUACAACACUUCUAGGCGGAUGUACAUACAUAGUGUUUUUGGAGCAGUUUUGAGGAACAGUUUUGUUUAUUUUUAUGGUGAUAAUUAACUCUUAUAAAGGAUCGCUGUCAAAACGGAAUCACACAGAAAGGAUUACAAUCCUUGGGACAGUGAGAGGUAUAUCUGGGGUUGUUUCUAUGGUGACGGAGGCAGUGAUUCUGUUGGAUACCCAUGAUGCACCGGUACGAUGCCUGAGUCGGAGACAGGUCUAGUAGCUCAGCACAUCACUGUGGAGACCAGAGGAAUAGUUGCUAUGUGGUGUUCUCUCUGGCUCUCCCUCCUCCUAUACCCUCUCUCCGUCUCUACAGCCAGAUUACCCACAGUACUGCCAACAGACUCUGUGUUCCUGGAGGACUAUGUGGUCUCUACUGGGGACACCCUGGAUCUGUCCUGUAACCCCAACGGUCCCGCCCAAGCUGUCCUCUGGUUCAAGGAUGGCAGCGGCCUGUUGCCUAGCAACCGGACGCGAGUGGACCAGAGGGUUCUACGUAUCAUCAACGUGUCUUACGAGGACUCCGGCAUGUACUCCUGCCACGUCACUCACGACAACAACCUGCUCAGCAACUACACAAUCAGAGUGACAGAUUCCCUGUCUUCUGGAGAUGAUGAAGACCAUGAUGAAGACUGGGACGAUACAGAAGGCCCGUAUUGGACCAGACCGGAUCGCAUGGAGAAAAAGCUCCUCGCUAUCCCAGCAGCCAAUACUGUCAAAUUCCGUUGCGCUGCCGCUGGAAACCCCACGCCCUCCAUCCAUUGGCUGAAGAAUGGGAAGGAGUUUAAGGGUGAACAGAGGAUGGGUGGGAUCAAGCUAAGGCACCAGCAGUGGAGUCUGGUGAUGGAGAGUGCUGUCCCUUCAGACCGUGGGAACUACACCUGUGUUGUACAGAACAAGUAUGGCACCAUCACCCACAGCUACCAGCUAGACGUGCUAGAGCGCUCCCCUCACAGGCCCAUCCUCCAGGCAGGUCUUCCAGCCAAUCAGACAGUGGUAUUGGGCAGUAAUGUGGAGUUCCACUGUAAGGUGUACAGCGAUGCCCAGCCUCACAUCCAGUGGCUGAAGCACAUCGAGGUGAACGGAUCCCGGUAUGGUCCCGACGGUGUCCCAUACGUCAACAUACUCAAGAGUCUAGUGAGCAGGAGAACAGAGGUUGAUGUUAUACUGGCUGUGUUGAAUGUGACCGAAGCUGAUGCCGGGAAGUACUGGUGUCGAGCAUCUAACUUUGUAGGAAAGUCAGAAAACGCCUUCUGGCUCAUGGUACACAGACCAAGUAAACCAGCGCUGCACGAUGAUGACAAGGAGGAUGACUAUGCUGACAUCCUGAUCUAUGUGACGGGCUGUGUGCUGUUCAUCCUGGCUGUCGUCAUCAUCAUCCUCUGUCGUAUGAGGAUGUCUACCCAGAAGACCCUGCCCUCCCCGCCCAUCCAGAAACUCUCCAAGUUCCCCUUAAAGAGACAGCAGGUUUCCUUGGAGUCUAACUCCUCCAUGAACUCCAACACACCAUUGGUCAGGAUUGCACGUCUGUCAUCCAGCGAUGGACCAAUGCUGUCCAAUGUCUUGGAGCUGGAGCUUCCGUCAGACCCCAAAUGGGAGUUCUCUAGGACCAGGCUAACGUUGGGUAAACCUCUGGGAGAAGGCUGCUUCGGUCAGGUGGUAAUGGCGGAGGCCAUCGGGAUCGACAAGGAGAAACCCAACAAGCCCCUCGACGUCGCUGUGAAGAUGCUCAAAGACGACGCCACAGAUAAGGACCUGUCAGACCUGGUCUCAGAGAUGGAGAUGAUGAAGAUGAUUGGAAAACACAAAAACAUCCUCAACCUGCUGGGAGCAUGUACACAGGAUGGUCCCCUGUACGUGUUGGUGGAGUACGCUUCCAAAGGGAACCUGAGGGAGUACCUGAGAGCCCGUCGGCCCCCGGGGACGGACUACUCCUUCGACACCUGUAAGAUCCCUGACGAGCAGCUCACCUUUAAAGACCUGGUGUCCUGUGCCUACCAGGUGGCGCGUGGCAUGGAGUACCUGGCCUCACAGAAGUGUAUCCAUAGAGAUCUGGCAGCCAGGAACGUCCUGGUAACCGAGGAGAACGUGAUGAAGAUUGCAGACUUCGGUCUGGCCAGAGAUGUGCACAACAUAGACUACUACAAGAAGACUACUAAUGGUCGUCUACCCGUGAAAUGGAUGGCUCCAGAGGCUCUGUUCGACCGCGUCUACACGCACCAGAGCGAUGUGUGGUCGUAUGGGGUGCUGCUCUGGGAGAUAUUUACCCUGGGAGGGUCCCCGUACCCCGGCAUCCCUGUAGAGGAGCUGUUCAAAUUGCUGAAGGAGGGCCACCGCAUGGACAAACCUGCCAACUGCACACAUGAACUAUAUAUGAUCAUGAGGGAGUGCUGGCACGCUGUCCCAUCUCAGAGACCUACCUUCAGGCAGCUGGUGGAGGACCAUGACAGGGUUCUGUCCAUGACCUCCACAGACGAGUACCUGGACCUGUCUGUUCCGUUUGAGCAGUACUCUCCGACCUGCCAAGACUCCAGCAGCACCUGUUCCUCAGGAGAUGACUCUGUGUUCUCCCACGACCCCCUCCCCACGACCCCCUCCCUGACCAACUCUGCCUCCCCAUGAACCCCUCCCUGACCAACCCUGCUUCCCCACGACCCCCUUCUCACGACCCCCUCCCUGACCAACCCUGCCUCCCCAAAAUGAGGGGGGAAUAACCUUGUCAAACUGCUGCAGAUUUACAUGGCAAUCAGGACAUAGGUGGGGUUGGAUGGGGAGAGGGGGGGGGGCUCCCCCGAGACACCUCUCAGCGUCAUACUUUGAGCCUCCUCCAGAUAUGAGGAAGAGAACAGCCCAUGCAAUACAUCCUCAAACGGACACAUUUUUUAAGACUCUUUGCAUUGAAGGUUGGACAAUUUUUUGCCGCCAAAACCUUUUUUUUUUCUUAAAAAUGAAAAUGUAUAUUUUUUGUACUUGGCCAGUCUUUAGUUAUUGACAAUCCGAAAGGUCAAACCAUUCAGUGCCUACUGGAACCUAACUCUAACCCACAGGACUGGGAGGAGAUUGACACAAGGACAUGAACACCAUUAACCAGGGAGGCAGGGCAUCUAUAACGCCAUUGGCCAUGAAAGCAGGGAAUCUAUAACGCCAUUGGCAAAAAGAAAGCAGGGUAUCUAUAACGCCAUUGGCCAGGGAGGCAGGGUAUCUAUGACGCCAUUGGCCAGGGAGGCAGGGUAUCUAUAACGCCAUUGGCCAGGGAGGCAGGGUAUCUAUAACGCCAUUGGCCAGGGAGGCAGGGUAUCUAUAACGCCAUUGGCCAGGGAGGCAGGGUAUCUAUAACGCCAUUGGCCAGGGAGGCAGGGUAUCUAUAACGCCAUUGGCCAGGGAGGCAGGGUAUCUAUAACGCCAAUGGCCAGGGAGGCAGGGUAUCUAUAACGCCAUUGGCCAGGGAAGCAGGGUAUCUAUAACGCCAUUGGCCAGGGAAGCAGGGUAUCUAUAACGCCAUUGGCCAGGGAGGCUGGGUAUCUAUAACACUAUUGGCCAGGGAGGCUGGGUCUCUUUACCUCUCCUCAGUGGAGUACACGGGACCUAGUUUUUGCAAAUGUGCAGCAUACCAGCAGAGCCAGAAUCAACAAAAUGAUGUGACUAGUUCUUCCAAUAACAGUUAGAGCUUUACUCCAAGAUCCCUCACCCUCACCUCUGUUGAAUCAUCUCAACCAUCAUGCAACAGAAUGGGACUACAAUACAACAAUCUGAACCAGGACUGUAACAGAAGUCUCUGCUGUUUGAAACUCUGAUGGGAACCAAGCUGCAGGCAGACCCUUCAACAGGAGGGAAAUAUAGAACCAAUCUCUCUGAUGGGAACCAAGCUGUAGUCAGACCCUUCAACAGGAGGGAAAUAUAGAACCAAUCUCUCUGAUGGGAACCAAGCUGUAGUCAAACCCUUCAACAGGAGGGAAAUAUAGAACCAAUCUCUCUGAUGGGAACCAAGCUGCAGCCAGACCCUUCAACAGGAGGGAAAUAUAGAACCAAUCUCUCCAAUGGGAACCAAGCUGUAGUCAGACCCCUCAACAGGAGGGAAAUAUAGAACCAAUCUCUCUGAUGGGAACCAAGCUGCAGCCAGACCCUUCAACAGGAGGGAAAUAUAGAACCAAUCUCUCUGAUGGGAACCAAGCUGCAGCCAGACCCUUCAACAGGAGGGAAAUAUAGAACCAAUCUCUCUGAUGGGAACCAAGCAUUAGUCAGACCCUUCAACAGGAGGGAAAUAUAAUUGGGGGUGUUUCUAUGUAUCUUUAAAAUGUUUUAAUUGUAAAUAUAUAAAUGCAAAUAUGUAUCAUAUUGCUGUCAGCAGCCAUGUGCUUAAAAUGAGAUUUUUUUUCUUCUAAAAUAUUGUUUUAGAAUCAAAGCAUUGCAAUCUAGAAUACACUGUCAUGAUCAUGUAAUAAUUUAAAGUGAUACAAAAGGUUUAUUUGAAUUAUUAACAUGUAUAUUUGUAAAGAUAUUUAUAGACUUAACAUGUAGUUCAUAAGUUAGAACAAUCUUGUUCAGGAUUUAGUACUGUAAGCAAAGAUGGUUUAUUUAUUUUUCUGUAACUUAUGUAAAGCAGAACAAUAUUAUUUUCACGACUGGCAGAUUUUAUUUCUCUUGUUUUUCAUCCAUCUUGUUUUGUUUACAGUAAAAAAAAAAGAAUGUAUGAAAGAUUUUGAUUAAAUGUACAUCUAGGGAGUGAAACAGUA